AUGGCUCAAUUCUCAUCUUCGUCGAACGACGCCGUCGCGGCGAAGAACUUCCACAUCUUUGGGAAGGGUAUCUCUUUCAGCAUUUCACCUACAAUCCACAAUGCUGGAUUCACGCAUUAUGACCUUCCGUACAAAUACGACAUCCGAGAAUCCUCAAAUAUCGAUGGUGUGGCAGGAUUGAUCCUGGACGAGCAUUUCGGUGGUGCCAGCGUUACAAUGCCCCAUAAGUUGCAAGUACACAAGCUAUGUACCGACCAGACGGAAACCGCUCGCUUGAUUGGAGCAAUCAACACUCUCGUCGUCAAAGGAAAUGGCGAUGAGCGACGGAUCAUUGGCGAUAAUACAGAUUGGUCUGGACUGCACAGAAUCAUGUUGGAUUACGCGACAAGAAUAGGUCAACGGUCGAAUGUUGGCCUUGUCAUUGGCGCUGGAGGUGCUUCACGAGCAGCACUGUAUGCCAUGCACAAGGCAGGGAUCCAGCGCAUUUAUCUCGUCAAUCGAACCCUCGCCACGGCGGAGAAAGUCAGGGAAGAUUUCAAGUCUGUCUUCGAGAUCACGGUCAUCUCAAGUCUCGAAGAGCUCGUCGAACACCCAGAUGUUAUCGUGGGCACUGUUCCUGCCGAGACGACGACCGAGGAUCAAUUUUCCGCCAUAUUUGGAAUGCGUGGCCUUUGCAUUGAUAUGUCGUAUAAGCCAAGGCAGACACCACUGCUGAGUGUCGCUCACAGACAUGAGGGAUGGUACACCGUGACUGGAGUGGAAGUGUUGCUUGCUCAGGCAUACGAUCAAUUCCACCUUUGGACGGGCUGUGAGCCACCGAAGGAGAAAAUGAUUGAGGCUGUUGCUCAACAUGAGCGAGAGAACGCGAGGGGAGGAAGUAAGGGAGGGUUGCUUUGA